UCUGCCUACGUUGUAAAUGUAGGGAAUAAAGUCAAUAAAUAAUUAUUUUUAUCAGUACAUUUAAUAACCUAUAGAUAUCUAUUUCAUAGAUAUUUUAUAGAUAUCUACGGAAGAUGUAAAUGAAUGUAUACAAGCAAGUCAUGUUUUUAUUGGGAAUACAUUAAUAAAAAGGUUAACAUAAUAACAUAUAUAGUUCGUAACAUAAUGUAUAUUGCAUCAGUUUAUAAAAAAUAGUGCAUCUAUUAAAUUUUAUUUCCAAUGUUACAGAACUAACAAUUUCAAAUAAAAUUUAAUAUUAAAUACCUAUUAUAUACUUUUAUCUUAUUCUUGUGGUUGUGAUAAUACGAUAAGAAUUUUAUGUAUUUAACGAUAUACAGUAUACGAGUGUGAUAAAAUAUUGUUUAUUAUACAUAAAUAAGUAUAAACUACACACGGAGCCAACUGACAAAGUAUCUACGCCUUUUAUUUAGAAACAAUGGCAAAAAAUUUAUCUAAAACAAUGAAGGCUGUAGGCCUAUAUAAAUAUUUACCUAUUUCUGAUCCAAAUAGUUUGUUGGAUAUUGAAGUAAGUUUACCAAAAUUGCAAAAGAGUGACGUGUUAGUAGAAGUGAAGGCAAUAGCAGUCAAUCCUAUUGAUACAAAACAACGGGCACCAAAACCUAUUAUUGAAACAACACCACGUAUUUUAGGAUGGGACGGAGCAGGCAUAGUCAUUGAAAAAGGAGAAAAAUCAAAUAUUUUUAAUAUAGGAGAUGAAGUAAUUUUUACUGGUGAUUUAAGAAGAAAUGGUUGCAAUGCUCAAUAUGUAGCAAUCAAUGAAUUCUUGGUAGGCCCUAAGCCAAAAAAUCUUACAUUUGAACAAUCUGCUGCAAUGCCAAUUACAGCUGUUACUGCAUAUGAAUCCCUUUUUGAAAGAUUACUUCUAUCAAACAAGGAGGCAGGAAAAUCUAUUUUAGUAAUAAACAGUGCAGGUGGUGUUGGCUCAGUGGCCACUCAAUUAGCUAGCAAUCUUGGUCUUAAAGUUAUUGGAACUGCUUCACGGAAAGAUACAAUCAAUUUUUCUCUUUCACAUGGUGCUAGUGUAGUUCUUAACCACUCUAAGGAUCUAAUUUCACAACUUGCAGAUAAUGGCUAUGAAAAUGGAGUUGAUUAUAUCUUAGUAAAUUAUGAUCCAUAUCCAUAUUGGGACACAUUAAUGCAAGUUAUUAAGCCACAGGGAAAAAUUUGUUUAAUAGUUGAUAGCAGUGGUUUGGUGGACAUAAAGCCUUUGAAGGACAAAAGUGUUACCUUAGCAUCGGAAUCAAUGUUGACAAAAAUAAAAUAUGACACUGAGGACUUAUUCAAACAUCAUGAGAUGUUGAAGGAAAUUUCAAAAAUGUUGGACAAUGGUCAGCUGAAAACAACACUCAAAAAAGUUUUAACACCAAUUAAUGCUGUUAAUUUGAAAGAGGCUCAUAGAAUUUUAGAGGAAAAGACAACGAUUGGGAAAAUUGUUCUUACUGGUUUUUAAAUAAAUCAAUAUCUGAUUGUUUUACAUUAUGUAUUAUUGUUGCUAUUGAUACAUUAAAUGUAUGUCAUGUUAACUACAA